GGAAGUAAUUUGCUGCCGAGUUGAGCUACCAAAGACACAAACAUGGAACAAAAUAACGAUGAAGGAAACCUAGCCCAGGUCCAGCGUGUGGUGUUGGUGCUGUCAGGGAAAGGAGGGGUUGGCAAGAGCACCCUCACCACAGAGCUAGCACUGGCUCUGCGGCACACAGGCAAGAAGGUUGGCAUCCUGGAUGUGGACCUGUGUGGACCUAGUAUCCCCCGUAUGCUGUGCGUGGGCCGGCCUGAGGUGCACCAGUGUGAUGCCGGCUGGGUGCCAGUCUACACGGACCCUGAGAAGAGCCUGUCCCUCAUGUCCAUCGGAUUCCUGCUGGAGGACCCAGAUGAGGCGGUGAUCUGGAGGGGACCCAAGAAGAAUGCACUGAUCGGCCAAUUUGUGUCGGACGUGGCGUGGGGAGAGCUGGAUGUGCUGCUGGUGGACACACCCCCCGGGACGUCCGACGAGCACCUGGCCGUGCUGGAGAACCUGAAGAAGCACCGCGUGGACGGAGCCGUGCUGGUCACCACACCCCAGGCCGUCUCUACGGGGGAUGUGAGGAGGGAGAUCACGUUCUGCAAGAAGACGGGAGUAAAGAUCUUGGGAAUCAUCGAGAACAUGAGCGGUUUUGUGUGUCCGCACUGCUCGGAAUGCAGCAACAUAUUCUCUAAGGGGGGCGGUGAGGAGCUUGCCAAACUGACAGAAUCCGUGUUUCUGGGCUCUGUGCCACUGGACCCGCAGCUCGGCACCAGUUUGGAGGAGGGCAAAGACUUCAUGCAGUCGUUCCCUUCCAGCGCCACCUUCAGCGCCAUCAGCCGCAUCUCCCAGACUCUGCUGAACAGCAUGGAGGCCGCCUGAUACGAGUCCCUGCCGUGAACCACAACUCUCGCCAGUUUAGCCGUUUCACACUUCACUCGUAUUGCGCCCCCUGAUGUUCAUCUGUUGACACCGGGCAGACGCAUCGUCGUCUGAUCGAGCCGAUGCAGAUGUUUAAGCUGUGCGGACAGUGAAGACAAAGUCGAUUUACACAUUCUUCUGCCCCGUUUCCACCUUUGUAACGUGCCAGCGUCGGUCAGCCCGGCUGGGCGACUUGCAUAAAUUUUUCUUCAUAUUUCGGAGCCAAGGGCCAGCAGAUGGUUGCACUUCAGACCGUGGAGCCCGUUUGCGGAGGCCAUUUGUGAAAGGCCGAGUGCCGGAUCCGACUUCUGUCGUCGGAAUAAGUUCCUGCUGGAUGUUGGAAUUCAAUUCAAAUCUUUUUGCCGGGGUUUAGAUGCCACUACUUUAGUCACACAACUGCACACGCUUAAAUUAUUCACCAAUUUAUUUUUAUAAUCUUCACUUAAGUAUAUUUAUAAUCACUGUUUGCUCUCUGUAGAACUGAGUUUUGCAGAAAAGAUGUGAUUGCUGGUAGAGGUUUUAGCCAUGGUGUGAAAACCAGUUCUCACCUCCCCGUCACCCAAGAGCAGACUGGGAGUAGAGCCGGCGCUUCACUUUAGUAAAUUGCUUCAUUUUGUUUUACUUCCAAUUUAAUUGAAACCUUCUUGUGCUAAUGACACAUUUUGUAAUAAACACUCUAUGGCAGUGGUGUGUGUGUGUGUGUGUGUGGUGUUUGGAAAGCGAGUCAGGUCUAAGUUCGGAAUCUUCUUUAAUUUGAUUGUGGACAUUCAUCUCAACACAACAGCAGAAUAAUUUGAACACCAGUGGCGAUACAGGCUUUUCCAGCCGCUGUCCCAUUUUUCAGAAAACAAAUUCCAGAUCAAUUCUAACCAAGUCGUCUGGAAAUUAAAAACAAACACGCUAGGCCAAACUCGAAUCCUCCAUCUCAGCGGUGACCCGCCGGCCGUACGGCACGAACCGCCACGGCGUCGAGACCAACAACAAACGGUCAAUAGUUCUCUUUCAGGUUCAGCUGAAAGAACAGAAUCUGGUGUGGCGAGCAGAAAGAGAGCUGUGGGAUGUGGUUUUGAUCUGGAUUAGACCUUCUGAAAAGUGGCCUGGCUCUUCAAAUAACUCAAUAUUGCGACAGAACACUGAACUCCAUGCAGGUUUUAAUUCGGGGGAAUGCGGUGAAACACGGAGAACAGCCACAGACGAAGGGAGAGAAGAUGAACAAGUCGCAGAGGAGAUGAACAUUUUUUUUUUUUUGGUGGAAAUUACACGCGAGACCCAAACACUAGGCGUGCACACACACACACACACACACACACACACACACUCACAAACACACACACUUGCGCGCGCACAAACACACCUUUAAUGUAAUCAAACAGCUGCACUACAGGGGCAAAGUGUGGGAGAAGGUUUGUGUUAAAUGAUUAAAAUACAACGGUUACACACAACACUCCCACUCCACCAGUCACAUACUAAAGGCAAUCCGAUUUUUGCAAUACCGAGUAAUACAUCCAGAGGAGUCCAAUCACUUAUCACAUUUAACCCACACACAGUGCAUUAAAACCUAUGUAUAGAUAUUUAUACUAUAUGUCUGUAUAUAUUUAUAUAGAUAUCACUGGGAAUCAAAGACUUCUGCUCCGUUUUAACAGUUCCAAUGAAUAAUUCCUUAUAAAUAAAAUCAGUGAAAAAAAAAACAAAACAAACAAACCAUGAGCUACUAAGUUCAUACACAUUUGCCUUUACAAAUAGAUCCUCGACAUUAAUGCAAAGAGUGUCCACUCCCAGGUCAGCGGGGGAGCAGGAAGCAGUGGGCCCUGUGGUCGGCUCUGAAAGACCAGGAGCAAGGCUACACCUGAUGGCCUCGAAUAAGAGACGGGAGGAAAACAAAAAUAAAGGAAUAUUCAUUUUUUUCUUUUUCAUAACACACACGCACACACACACACACGCACACACACACACACACGGGACAGACAAAUCACUACAUUGCGCAUUUACAAGAAGUUGACUAUCAAAUCAGAACAACUGUACACAGCGUGGCGAUAAGACCAUAUUAUGGAGCCAUAUUUUAUUUCCAUCUUUUUUUCUUUUCUUUUUUUUUUUUUUUAA